AUGAGCAGCCUUUGGAAGGCCUGGGUCGAUCACGAUGUCGAUCGCUUUCGUCGCCUGCUGGCUCCUGCCGGCUACGGCGCUCAGGGCGCUUCCAAGAGCCCCCAUAUAGGGACAGGAGGCCCUGGCGGCAGUCCCGGCGCUUUCGGGACUUCGCCUAGGAUCGCAACAAAGAUGCGCAAGGGGUCUGGCCUUGGGCCAGGAGGAGGAGGAGGGCCUGGUGGCCGGUCUGGGAACACCAACUUUGGCCGCGCCGAAGUCAACAGCCGAGAUCACGCUGGUCUGACCAUCCUAUUGCGCGCCUCGUCCUCCACCUCCGAAGAUGCCAUCGCUUUUGUCGAGACCCUGCUCAACCACCCCGCCAUCGAUCUCCAUGUGCAAGACCCCGAGAGCGGAUGGAACGCCUUACAUCGCGCAUUGUAUGCUGGAAACAUCUCGAUCGCAAGACUGCUAUUGGAGAAAGAGCGUAGGGACUUGACCGGGCAGACUGUGGGCGCAUCUCUCUCCAGAGCUGGACGCCUGAUCAGGACAAAGGACCACGAGGGCUUAUCGCCGUUCGAUUUGUACAACUCAACAAUCGCCCAGCGUGACGUAGCAGGCGUGAAAGUUGGAAGAGACUCGGAUGACGAGUCAGAGGAUGAGGAAACUGGGGACCCUCGCGCGUCGGAAUCCACAGGCUCUCUCUUUGGCUCGGAGCUCUUCGCUUUUGGGAGCAAUAAGAACCUGACCUUGGGCUUGGGUGAUGAGGAUGACCGUCAGUUCCCGGAGCGGGUAUAUUUACAGCGAUCAGACUACCUCUUGCAGAGGUUCCACAACGAGUACCUCAGGGACGCAAAUUCCGACCUGUCUGUGUCGGCUAACUGCAGCCUGGACGAAAUGCCGACACUCACCAGAUUUAGAGACUUGGAAGUCCAGGACGUGCAGCUUUCCAAGUAUCACAGUGCCAUUCUGACGACGGAUCCGGUCUCCAACCUUUAUGUGUGUGGUGUUGGGCGCGGCGGCCGACUUGGUCUGGGAGACGAAAACACGCGUUUCAACUAUACCCCAGUCCAAGGCGGGCUCGUCAAUAAAAAGGUAGUCCAAGUAGCCCUGGGCCAAAAUCACACCAUGGCCAUCACAGAUACUGGGGAGUUGUGGAAUUGGGGCACAAAUGCGAACUCGGUUCUUGGCUAUUCCUUGCCUGAUCCAGUCAACAAAGGCGAGGAGCCCUUCAUUGCUACACCACGGCAAGUCUUUGGGCCUCUCAAGAAGGAGGUCAUCACUGGCAUUGCUGCUUCGACCAUCCAUUCCGUGGCGUACAAUGGGUCGGCGCUGUUUUGUUGGGGCAAGAAUGUCGGCCAGCUUGCCCUCAUGGACGCAGACUCGAGGUCCCUUGAGGUGCAGACAACUCCGCGGAGAGUAGCAGCGUCUCUGAUAUCGGCGCCGAUCGUGAUGGCCUCGGCGAUAGACAAGGCGACUACGUGUCUUCUGGCAAACCAGGUUGUCAUUGUCUUCACGGCUUACGGAUACAACAUCGUCAAAUUCCCCUACGCUGAUGCGUUGGCCAACUACAACUUGGGUGGAUUCACAGUGUCAUUCUCAGGCCAUGAUUCUCAGAGAACUCGGAUCAAACACAUCGCAUCCGGUGGUGAGACCAUUGUUGCUCUGACUGGCAGAGGAGAUCUAUUCCACAUGAACUUAUUAGCUCCAAAAGCGGAUGCUCAUUCCUCUUCAUCCACAACAAAUCCCACAAAGAUCAAGAACGCUGUCAGCCAGCCAGUCUGUAUCUGGACGGCGCACAAGGACGGCGUUAGGUCCGUCGACGUCGGCGAGCAUGGAUCAGUCAUCAUCAGCACCGAGUCAGGAGCAGUAUGGCGACGUAUCAAGAGAGCGAAAGCCAAGGACUCUAUUGUCGCUGGCGUCGGGGAUGCCAAGCACAAAGAUUUCAAAUUUCAGCGUGUUCCGGGCAUCACAGAUAUUGUCGCUGUCAGGAGCUCCGUCUUUGGCGCUUUCGCUGCUGUUCGGAAGGAUUCUGAGGUAAUCCGGGAGCAGAUCAAGACCAGCCCGCCGACACUUUGGGACGAUCUCGCUCCGCUCGAUUAUCUCAAAAACUUCCGGUCUUCUGAUGCAAGCACCCAAAAGAAGGACAACUUGAAGUUUUGGAAUCAUGAUCAACUUGUCUCUCAGCUUGCAAGCACCGCCCUCGAGGUAUUGAAAUCUCCAGAUCUCGAUGCGGAUUUGCACAACUACUUAUCGACCUGGCCCUUCUCAAACGAGGAGUUGGAUACCGCUGUUUGCACAUCGUCUUCACCGGAGAUUCGCUUGCCGGUUCAUAGUUGGAUCUUGGGAGCACGCAGCCCGGUUUUGCGAAGAGGUCUCCCAACGGCUCGGCUGCAAGGUUCGUAUGAACUGCCGGAGCACCUCACGAUUGAAAGUGUUGCCGGCAAGACUACCGUGACGUUCACCGGCAUCGACAUUAUCUCUCUUCUGAACCUUGUCCUGUUUAUGUAUGAGGACCGAGUCAUUCCAGUCUGGAACUACACCCGUCAAGAUCCUGCUCUGGCUUACAGGUAUCGCCAGAUACGUACAGAAGUAAUGAAAUUGGCUGCAAGACUCGAAAUGAGCAAGUUAGAAGCUGCGGCCCAGAAGCAGACUGAUCCGCUCAGGUCCAUGCAUAUCGACUUUCGGUCCGCCUUGGACGACCCAACGUUCUUCGAUGAUGCGGACGCCAUCCUGCUGCUUGAUGGCGACGAAGUUCCCGCCCACAGCGCACUGCUCCGGCAGAGAUGCCCCUUCUUCGAGGCACUGUUCCAUGGUCGCUCACAAGGUGCAUGGCUUGCAAACCGCCGGGCUGUCGUGGGACCGGCUGGCAUGAUACCUAUUGAUCUGGAACACAUCGAACCAGAGACUUUCAAAUAUGUGCUGCGGUACCUCUAUGCCGACGUUGGCACUGAGCUCUUUAACGACGUCAUUUGUGACAGCAUUGAUGAUUUCUCGGAUCUCGUCAUGGACGUCAUGGGGGUGGCCAACGAGUUGAUGCUUGACCGACUGUCACAAAUUUGCCAGCAAGUGAUUUCUCGAUUCGUCAACACUCGCAACGUGGCUCAUUACCUCAACGCCAUCAGUCCAUGUUCCGUGACCGCAUUCAAAGACGCUGGUCUAGAGUACAUCACUUUGCAGGCUGAAAACCUUCUCGAGAAUAAUCUUCUGGAGAACUUGGACGAUGAAGUCAUCGAGGAGCUUGAUGCCGUGGUCAGGGCCAAUCAACUUGCCCGCUACCCGUUUGCCCGAAGCGACCGGGCAGAGCUGCUUCUUCACGAGAACCACCCAGAGCUCGCUCAGGAUAUUGAAGAGGAGAGGCAGCGAAGAGUCAGGGAGAUGGCGUUCAAGGCUAGUCAGAAGGAAGAGGAAAGAAAACUAUCCUCGUCACUCAGGGGCAAAUUUGGCAGCCUCGAGGACCUCACUCCCGUGUCACCCGGCCCGGAGAAACAGGCACGGAAGGCUAAGGCACGGAGGAAUGAACCGUUCAGCCCUGAACUACGUCCCAAAUCUACACAGAACGACUUCAUGUUCGAUAUGGACGACGAAGAAGGGACGGCUGACAGUCCGUCAAUCCGGCCACAGAAAAUUGCUGGUGGCAAGAGGCAGCAGCAGCCUGAGCUGGAUCAGAUACCUCCUCUGGCGGGAUCAUCAUCGUACCUUGAUGAGAGGCGGAAAUCCAUUGCUCAAUCGCCUUUGAUGCCAUCACCAGCUGCGGUUGCCACCGCUCCUGAAAAGUUCGGCACGCCGUGGGCUUCGGCUACGAUGCCCACCACCAAGCUUGAUUUGCGCGAGAUCAUGAAUGAAGGAUCCUCUGGGCCCUCGGCCCUGUCGGCGGGCUUGGCUGCUCAGAGGGCCAAGGAGGCUUCGGCCAAGCCACAGCAGACCAAGAUAUCGCAGAAGGAGCGUAAGAGACAGCAGCAGCUGCAGGCAGAGCAAGCCGCGAGGGAAGCCCUGACGCCACCUGCCAAGACACCUUGGGAAAAGUCGUCUGCUGAUACCAAGGCAUCGCCGUGGAAGACGGUGUCGAGAGAUGCUCAGCCCUCGCCAAAGGGUACCAUGCCUGAUGCUCUCCUCCAGGUCCCGCCCAAUACGAAGCCUCUUGUUGCUGCCGAAGCCUCGGCAAAGUCCAUACCCCGGCGGACACAGUCUCCUGACACGCGCCACUCAGGCCAAUCUCGAACGCCAACCACAGCUACACCUCCUCUACGGCCGCCUUCGAAGCCAACAGCCCCUUCAUCCAUGUCCACAUUCUCGGCGGACGACCCAUCCAAGCCUAUCGUUCCGCACUCCAAGAGUUACAUGAAACCGGCCUCCAAAUCGGAACCCACGCUCGGGCUCAGCAUGGCCGAUAUCAUGGACCAAGAAACGCGGAAUCGCGAUAAAGUAAAGGAGGCCGUGGCAAAGCGCAGCCUGAUGGAGAUCCAGCAGGAGCAAGCGUUCCAGGAAUGGUGGGACGAGGAAUCGCGGCGCACGCAGGAGGAGGAAGCCAGGCGGCUGGCUAGAGAGAAAGACAGGGAAGAGGGCAAGUCGCGUGGCCGGAGGGGCCGGGGUGGAAAGGCAAGGGCCUCCGCCAGAGGGGGAGGGGGAGGGGGUCCCAGUGGCCAUGAUGUUGGUGCCAAGAACACUGGGCCUGCUGGAGGCGAGACGGCAAGGCAAGCGGCCCAAGAGGCUGGAAGAAGCCGCGGUAAUCGACGGGGCCGAGGCCGUGGUGGUGUUGCAAAAGCCUCGUCAUGAGGUACGAAUACUGUCGAAACCUGCGUGCUUGAGUACAAUUGUUUCUCAUCCUUUUUUAAAGGGCUACAUCCAGUUUCAUGGACAAGUUAUGCCGCAUGCUUAAUAAGGGCGAGUGCCCUGUCUUGGCUUGAAUAGUAUAUAUUGCAUCUAGUCGAAGAUCGUUGACUUCUCGUAUAUACCUCUGAAUUUUCCCCG